AGAGGUGUCUGGGGGCAUUCGCGAGCUCUUGUAAAAUCGAUUUGGAAGACACUUACCCUUAAUGCAGUUGUAAAUAUUUUAUGCGAAUUUAGUUAUUGCAAGACAUUGAAGGCGUCAACCUUUCAAAGUACCAUAGUGCUUAGAUCAAAAUGGUGACAAAAUUGGAUGCAAUAAUUUUCGGUGCAACCGGCUUCACUGGGAAAAUUGUCGUUGAGAAUGCGCCGGAGGUGUUGCAAGGACUGACGUGGGGUAUUGCGGGAAGGAAUUCGGCUAAAUUGGAAAAUGUCUUGAAAGCAGCCGGUAAAAAAAUUGGCAAGGAUCUUAGUAAGAUACCCAUUAUUUUGGCAGACGUUGAAGAUGAAAACUCCAUAAAGGAAAUGGUUAACAAGUGCAAGGUCAUCAUCAAUUGUUGCGGCCCCUAUCGUUUUUAUGGCGAGGUGGUGGUAAAAGCCUGCAUUGAAGCUGGCACUCAUCAUGUGGAUAUCAGCGGCGAAUCACAAUUUAUCGAUGGCAUGGCUGUGAAGUAUCAUGAAUUGGCUAAGGAGAAGCACGCCUUUGUGGUGUCGGCCUGUGGAUUUGGUAGUUUACCCGCCGAAAUGGGUGUAGUAUUUGCUGAACGUAAUUUUCCAGGCACGGUGAACUCCAUUGAAAUGUACUGGGAGAAUAGCAUUGAUUUCAAAGAGGGUGAGUCAAAAGCAUUGAUGCAUGCUGCAACUUGGGAGAGCGUUGUGCAUGUGUUUAGUCAUGUAAAGCAGCUGAUUGCACUCAAACAACAGCUGAUACCCAAAGAUUAUCCUGAAUUGAAACCUGCUUUGGAAGUGAG